UUCUUUUCCCAAUACACUUUUUCCCUUUCACAUUUCCAUCAUAAUAUUCCUUCACAUUUUUCACCCUUUUCACCCUCUCUAUAUCUACCCCUCCAAUUAAAAACUUCUUCCAAAAUUCCACAUGGAUUUCGAUGCUCAACAUUUCCCCCUUGUUUGGUUUCACCCACAACAACUUCCAGAUCUAGACGUUGCUUCCGAGAUCCACAAUCAGAAUGCGGAGAUCGAUCAUUUCCUCCACCUCCAGAGCAGCAGGCUGCGAAUAGCAAUCAUGGAAGAGGAGGCGCGGCAGAGAGAGAUAGCAAUGCAGCGAUACGAAGCCAGAGCCAACGCUCUCCUCCUCCACAAAGACCAGCAGAUCGCCGCCGCAAGAGGCAGAACGAUCGAGCUCCAGCGCUUCCUAAAAUCGGCGGAGAUGGAAGCCGCAGCGUGGGAGAGAGCGGCAAGAGAGAGGGAAUCCGCUGCGGCGGAGCUCACCAAACAGCUCAUGGAAGCGACGUCGUUUUGCUUCUCGUCAUCAUCAUCCACGUCAGCAAAGGUAGUGGGCAUCAAAAAUUGCAAAGUGUGCCACGGUGGAGAGGCGAGCGUCGUUUUGUUUCCCUGCAGACACAUUUGCUGCUGCAGAUCUUGUGAGCCGCUUUUGGACCACUGCCCACUCUGCCAAACACUCAAGGAGGCUACUUUGCAAGUUUUUAUUUAAUUAUCUUUUGGAUUUUGACCAGCAGUUAAUUUUUUUGUAAUAUGUGAUGAUGAUGAAAGUGAAAGCCUAAGAAUCUUGCUUU